AUGUGCCACGGACACCCCUAUCACCAUUUGUGCGGGCACCAAUCCGUGAUAUAGCAAUACUGCCCGUCGGCGCUCGUAGACUUAGAGCCGGGUUAUAAGACACUAUGUCCCAACAUCAACGUUUGCUGCGUCACAUCCAUCAACCGCAAGCUAUCCACUAGCAAACUGUGACUUUCACAGUGCCGGGGGCGGCGGGUAGACAUGUCAAAUACAGUAAUCGCGGGUGGUGUAUGAACAUAUCAUCAGAUCUAAAAUGCAAGAAGAACUUGGUCACAAAUGAAUGGGAGUGGAUCGAGGGAUGGGAUCAUCGGUGCUAUUGCAGUUGUAUCAAGGCUUGUAAGUCUGAUGGUGUUGGAUUUGGCAGGUGGUCAGAGAAGGCAGUUCAGGGGUGACUAAUGGCUUGGCA